AUGAAAACUUCGGACAUAGCGGACGAGAAGAACAACCCUCUAUGGACCAUUUCUCCUCAAGAGACAUUUGUAGAGUUAAAUUUUGUUACUAAUAGUACAAUCCGAAUUCAAUUUUCCGAAUUGAAUGCUAUGAGUACACAAAUUAAGCACUCAUGUGAGACUGAUAUUGAAGCAAAAUUCAACACGUUUUAUGAACCUGUUCUCGAACUCCGCGAAAUUCUGAUCAAGCUCAGAGACCAAGGAUAUCCACCGCUUUAUGCACGAAAAAUUACCUUAGACAGAGUAAAGAGCAUGAAAAAAACUCUUAGAAUGAUCAAUGCGAAGAAUAAAAAGCCCGAACAAGAUAAAAGGAAUUAUAUUCAGAACAGCUUAAUAUGGAAGAUCGGCAGAGACAUCGAAAUGAAAGGCAAGAUAAAAUCAUUAGAUAACUUCGACGUUUGUUUCUCACAAAACCAGAGAUCUAAUACUUUUAAUUCAUUCUUGAAAACAGGAUUUCAAUACGUUACAGAUCAUGUUUCCAUAAAGGAACAACAGAUCAAAAAAGAGAUAAAAUACAUCAAAGUCAAUCAUCCAUACGAAGUUUUUUCCGGAUAUCAAAAUUUGCCACAAUCUCGCAAUUACUGUCGUAUCUUCUGUCGUUCAGGCGAUAGAUUCAAAGACAAAAUGCAACUCGUUAACAAACUCAUUGGCCGCCAACCCGUCAUUUUUGUUCAUCCAGAAACAUUAGCUCCUGAUGAAAUCCAAUCCAUCAAAAAACUUACUUCAAAUUGGUCAUCUGAAACACAGCAAGCCAUAUGCAUUGUUUCAUCAAUAGCCCAAGAAAAUUUGUUUAAAGAAGGAGGCUAA